AUGGAUAUGAUUCAGCGACAGGAACGUACCAAGAUGCUCGAUUACUGUCUACUUGUUGGGUGUUCCGCUCUGACAGUAUCAAAGGAGAAAGAUCCAUCAGGCAACAUCACCCCAUUAAGGAAUGAAAGUGUCACCGUCGCUGCCUGGGCAAAACAUCCCACUUUGGAAGAAACAUGGUAG